AUGACUUCAUUUGUUGAACUUGAGAGAGCAACAGACAGAUUGAGAUUAAAGGCAAGACAAGGAGUUGGGACCAAUGGAUUGACACAGCUCGACGUGGUGGAUCCCAAAUCCGGAGUUAGCGUCAAACGAGAUGGGUUGGCGUGUGGCGAGCUCGUUUUAGGAGGAGGGUCUGUCACGUUAGGCUAUCUUAAAGACCCAAAAGCUACAUCCAAAUGCUUGAAAGAUAGUGGCUGGUUUCAUACUGGAGAUAUGGCCGUUAUGCAUCCGGAUGGUCAUGUGGAGAUCAAAGAUCGAUCAAAGGAUGUGAUUGUAAGCGGCGGAGAGAACAUAAGCAGUGCUCAGAUUGAAUCCGUAUUGUAUUCACAUCCUAUGAUUAAUGAAGCGGCCGUUGUGGCUCGACCGGACCCGUUUUGGCAGGAGACGCCGUGCGCUUUUGUGUGUUUAAAGAGUGAGUUGAUUGAGAAACCUACAGAGAAGGAGAUAAGAGAGUUUUGUAGGGAAAGGUUGCCACACUACAUGGUACCGAAGACUGUCGUCUUCAAGAGUGAGCUUGCUAAGACGGCUACAGGGAAAAUUAAGAAAUUUGUGCUCAGAGAAAUUAAGAAACUUGUACAUCUCAUUGUCUGAAUUUUUUUUGUUUUCACAUUUUAUUGGAUCAUUUGAUUGAGAUUUUUUUUUUUUU